AUGCCUCCCAGGACCACCUCGCUCUUGGAGCUGAUAUCUUGGGCGCUCGCCCUCCUGGGUCCAGCCUGCUCGCAGCCUGUCGAGCUGCUGCAGGAGGCCGCCGAGGGCCAGCUUCGGCCCGCCGCCUCCUCUCCGGCCGGCCUGGCCGCAGCCCCGGGCAGCCCUCGGCUGCAGCCCCCGGCGCUCCGCUCCCCGGCAUACAUGCUGCAGCUGUACCGGGCCCUCGUCGUGGGCAGCCCCCCGAGCCAGCCCAGCGCAGAAGCCUCAGCCUGGAGAGAAUCCGACACCAUCCUCAGCCUGGGGGCGCGAAAUUAUUUCCAGUUUGAGGACCACUGGGACUUCUCUUUUGACUUGACCUCCGUUUCCAGCAGCUCUGAUGUGAGGCUGGCAGAGUUCCGGGUUUGCCUGAUGCCUUUCCCCCAGUACAAGAAUGUCACUUUGAACAUCUACCACAGCCAUGAGCGCACCUGUCAUGGGAACCAGACCUGCACAGACAAGAUCUUCCUUGGUUCUUUCAUUAGCAGCACCCCCAGCCACUCCUCCUGGAAAGUCUUCAAUGCCACCAGCAUUCUCCGCUUCUGGCUCCACCAAGGGGUAUCAUUUGGCAUGGGUGCUACAGAUGAUCAGGAGCGGCACUGGGGGGAGGAGACAAUGUCUCAGGACAAUGAUGGAAUAGCAGCCGGUGGGUUCCAGGGAAAAUGUGGAUGCAAUGACGAUCAACAGGCCCACGUUUUGACCCAUAGCAUAACUGACAGAGUCCUACUGGUUAUCUUCUCCAAAGAUAAGGAACUGGUGGAGCCGUCUCAGGGCCCAAGUCUCAUCAGGACAGUGGAGAUGUCCAAGUACAUCAUGAUGGACAACACUUUCAAGGAGACUGGGGGCCGUCGGCACCGGCGGAACAGGAAGCAGAAGCAAAGGAUUAAAGCGACUAAUAUUUCCACCGCCAGCUUUGGCAAAGAAGGGAGAUCGCUGUGCAGGAGGGUAGAUAUGAUUGUGGACUUUGAGCAGACUGGCUUUGGAAGUUGGAUUGUGCACCCCAAGAAAUACAAUGCCUACCGGUGUGAGGGAGAGUGCCCAUUGCCUGUUGAUGAGACCUUCAAGCCAACAAAUCAUGCAUAUAUUCAGAGCUUGCUGAAGUUAUACCAACCCAACCGGGUGCCUUGCCCAUCUUGUGCCCCUGUCAAAAUGAGCCCACUGUCUAUGCUGUACUACGAGAAAGGGAAAGUGAGGGUCCGUCACCAUGAGGACAUGAUCAUCGAGGAAUGUGGCUGCAACUGAUGCAUAUGAG